UUCAGUAGUAGUGCCUGUUGACUGUUCAGCCUGUAUGCGGGGUGCGGAUCGCCCAUCGGCAGUUGGUGCCGCGGCGGGAAUGACAAACUCCGACACAAUUAUUCCCUGGUUCUGUACACUGUAUGCAUGCAGUCACAUUAUGCUAUGCCCAUCCAUGCUAUCCAAUAUCCAAUAUCCAAUAUCCAAUAUCCAAUAUCCAAUAUCCAAUCCAUCCAAUCCAUCAUUCAUCCAGAAUUUAAACCGGGAUAUCCGCUAACUCGCUCAAUCAAAAACCUAAUUACAACUCCCUGUCCAAGUAC